AUGUGGAAUCGAUUAGAGAUGGAGAAUCUGUGGAAGAUUUGGUAUUUUUUUAAAUUUGAUGUUUCUGCACGAUCUUUUGGAAGUCAGGCACAUCUCGAAUACGAUUUCAUACACAUAGACAACGCGCAUUUCCUGAUGCUACAAGGUGAAACUAAUCAUCCGUUUGGUUAUCUAAACAUCAGAUCCUUUGGACGUAAACUAUCCACAACAGAUCCUGGAUUUUCGGGCUCACAUUUCCCUCAACAGUUAAUCUUUAAACUACCGGCUAUUAAUGGUGUGAUUGAUCCAUCAAUGAACAUAAAAAGGAUGAAGGUAGCUGAUCUAUACACUGAACAUGCGAAAAACGCAAGAUGCGACAACGAGCCGGUAGUUUUGGACCUUGAAAUGGUGUAUGUAAAACAUUUAGUGAUGAUUUCUAGUGGAGUACCCAGCGAAAUCACAACAAGUUCCCUGGGUAUCGGUUGUUCGAUGGUGUUAUAUUCGGCUACCAAAAGUGUUCGAAAAAUAGUGGCAGAAGUUCCACACAAAUAUGAACGUCCCCUUUCGGAUGGAGCUUUUAUAAAAGACGUACAAAUGGACCUAAAAUAUACAACCCUGCAUCUGCACCGAUCAGAUGCUUCAUCAGCAUCUCCGAGCAGUUUGUCUGCUACCGAAGUCUCGAUCAAUAAAAGUUAUCUGAAGAGAUGGGAAUAUGCAGUUAUUCACCCACAUAACUCUUAG